AUGCAUGGAAAUGGUGAUGGUGGAACGAGGCGACAUGUGCCCGCCACCAAUGCCCGGAGCGCGGCGUCAACUGCUGAUGCCUCCAAUUCUGCCGGUGUUCCGGAAGAGGGAAGGUUCAGACCCUCCGGUUCCUCAAAUGAUCUCGGUGAGCAGGUCCCCGGCAGUUUCGGCAGAAGGUCCGCGAUGCAGGGCCCGGGCAUGGGAACAUUGAUGGGACACGUGCCUCAGCAGCCAAUUGUGUGGCAGCCUUGGGGUUACCAUACCUAUGCAGGCCAGUGGCAUCAGGUGAAUUCUUCGAUCCCUCCGUGGACGCCGCAGAAUGUGCUGUCGGAUAUCCAGGAGGUGCAUGAUUACGGAAAGGGGGGUCCCAUCGCCCCGAGCCGUCCGCCCUUGCCAGCACAGUUGCUUUGGGGUCAGGCGGAGGCUGGAGAGCCUGGACAGCAAGCAAAUCGGCAGGUUCUCACCUUCAUCGUCCAGGGCAUACCCGCCCGCUGUACACCGCAUCGCCUGCUGCAGCUCUUUCAACCUGCAGGAGAUGGCAUCGACUUCCUUUACCUGCCCUUCAGGUUCAGGCAAAAGCGUUCCAGUCGCUAUGCCUUCGUCAACUUCCGAUCCACACACGAAGCUGCCCGGUUCAGGAGCAGGUGGGAGGGGGUUGCGCUGACGCCGAACGAUCGCCCGCUCGCCGGACGCCCAGCUGAGCUGGCAGACGUUCGGGUCGUGUCUUGCAUAGGUGGCUCCUUGGCUGAAGGACUCCUCGGCAAAGGCGAUCCGAGGAAGGUCGCUCUCUGCGCGGAGAGCCAAGCAAAGCCGCUGACACUGCGGGGAACUCCGCAGGACUCGUGGAGAAAGGCGGACGAAGGAGAAAAGGACGGGCUCUUGAAUUAUGGCUAUGGGAAGGCCUGUGCCAAGUUUGACCGACCCGGCUCAGUGCCUCAAUUUCUCCCCCUCCGCUCUCCCGAAAUGAAGCCGUUCCUGGCACUCUGCGUGGUGGGAGCCGUUGCCUUGAAGCAGGGCUCCCUUCACUUGCUGAAGGUGCCCGGACCCGUCCCCUCCGACUCCCCGGGCGACUCCUCGCUGGACUUCGAGGACGCUUUGGUGGCGGCCGUAUCGGCCUCGAAAGGCCGGGAAAGCCCUGAGACCAAGGCCCUGGUGGAGAAGCUCCAGCAGCUCUUGGAUAAUGCCAAGCCUGCGAUCAAGAAGACGUUGGAAGGCCUCCAGGCCACGCUGACCAACACGGGCAACGCCAUGUCCGACUGCGGUGGCCAGGAGAUGCAACGGAGCUCCGCGGCCUUCGAGAAGAACUUUACGACCAAGAGCGCGGCACACAAGACAUGUCGGCAGACGCAGAAGCAGAACCUGGAUACACAGAACACCUGCCAGACAGAGCUGAAAACUGUGACAAGCACCGCCAAGACCACAUGCGAGGCGUUGGAAGCACUGGAGAAGACCAUGUACAGCGCCAAGGACUCUUGUGAAGUGAAGUCUGGUGAGGCCUUCGAGGCUUACCACACGCGGCUGAUCGAGGCUUCGCAGAAGACUCUCGUAGAGUACAAGAAGCUGAAGGAAGGGUGCGCCAAAGCCAAGGAGGAGUUGGAAAGCAAGGGGCCCGAGUGCACCAUCGCGUUGAAGACUUACGAAGACCAGAAGGAAAACUGCGACAGCGUGCAGGAUGCCAUGGACAGUCUUUCUUGCUCCCACUAUGAGGCGGCGACCAGCAAAUGCGAGGCUUCCGGAACGUGCUACGACAAGGCUGUCGCGAAUUACGAGUCUGUCCAGACUUCGUCCAUGACCCAGCUGGACAGCUUGAAGAAGGACCGAGCGAGCACGCCGGUGGUCUUGCUUUGUGUUUCCAAGGAGUUUGGUCUUAAGGAGUGGCGCGCCAUCUUGCGAAUGGAGUGCAUCAUUCAGGUCUUCAAUCUCCAGGAGUCCAAAAGGGCCAGUGCCAUUGACAGCUGCCAGGCGAAGGAUAUGAGUGGACAGGCCGACAGCGACCUCCCGCUGCAGCUCUCCACCAUCCCCAACAAGCCCACCUGCCACGUCCCGGCAAACAAAGCCGGGAGCGCAGGAUACGUGCAGGCCAACUUCGAGGGCCUGCCUGCAGACAGUCCGGCCAAAGCGUGUGUCGCUUCCUGCUGCCAGCAACCGUCCCACGGCACGUCCGGCUUGGACUUCUCGGGGCUCGGCACCACGCCUUCCGGCGACUGGCGCCUCGCCCUCAACGUCGAUACGAGCGAUGGCAAUGUGGUCUCCUACAUAAACUCCGGCUUCUGGGAGUCCGCCACGGGCCUGGGCGGGGCCAGCGACAAGGCGGAGGAACGCUUCACGCGGGACUACAAGGACUUGGAGGUCUUCAACAAGGUGCAGGCCAAGCAGCUGCUGAUCGUCUGCCACAACGAGGGCAAGGCGCUGGGAUGGCGCUCCUGGAAGUUGGUGGACACGAAGACCUUGCAGGGCUGGUUCACGACCGGCAACACCUGCUCUUCAGGGCUUCAGGAAAAGAGGUUCCAGAUGGGCGUGGAGACCACAGGUGGUGACGUGGGAACCCUGGUCAAGAACGAGCCCUUGAUCAAGAACACCAUCGACGGCACGGACAGGCUCUACGUCAACUCACACCACGGUCACACCGGGGGCUUCGACUUCAAUCGCCUCAGCGUCAACGCCGACGACAACCCGCACGGCAACUUUGGGGCUGGCCUGGGCACCCAGUACGACGCGCAUAUCACCACUGGGGGUGGGGGAACCUGUGGCAACACAGCGCGGCCGAUGGCGGAUGCAGAGAUGCGAACGGAGAAGGCCCGAUUGCCCAUGGACAGUCAGCUCGGGCUGCUUGGAUUGGCCUUUGACUGCUCUUGGCAAGGGAACGUCCUCAAGCCCGAGCCCCUGCAGCGCCACGGCGGCCAGGCGUCGGGCUCUGUGCCUGCGGCCCGCGAUUUCCCACCGCUGCCCGGGCUGCCGCCUCUGCCACUGGAGGGCCUCAGCAUCGGCGUGGAGAUCGGUAAAGGCCGCUUCAAGCAUGUGAAUCGAGGGGUGCUGAAGGGCUCCGCUGUGCCGGACGAGGAUGAGGCAGAUCGCGACAUCGUCGUCAUCCGCUACGCCAAGGGGAAGCCGGAGUGCACGCUCGAGCUGCAGGUGCUCUCGUGCCUGGCCUUGGUUCCGGACGCCGGCGACCACAUCCCCAAGGUUUGGGGCGCCUGCGAGCAAGGCCGCGACUUGAUCGUGGUCCAGGAGCGCGCCGCCUUCGGGUGCCUGAAGGCCGUGGUGCAAGAGGGCCUGGGAGCAGAUCAUGGGCUCCGCGCCGCGGUGCAGAUUGCUGCGGGAAUGGACUGCCUGCAGCGGGCCCGUGUGGUCCAUGCAGACCUCUCCUGUCGGAACAUCUUGGUGAGCGCCCUGGGCAAGGACCCGGAUUCCAUCCGCGUGAAGGUCACGGACUUCGGCCUCUCUGCCAUCAUCAAGGAGGGCAUGGACCACGAGAUCCGCAAGCAGCCCCAGGCCACACGUUGGGUGUCGCCUGAGACCUGCGCCUACCAGAAGUUGAGCCAUCGCGGCGACGUGUGGUCCACCGGGACGCUGCUUUGGGAGCUGUUCUCAGAUGGCCAGAUCCCUUGGGUGAACUGGCCCAAGAGGACCGAGGUUGCUACCAAGCUCAAAGCCAUGGCAGAGAAUCCUGAGGAGGCCUUCGAUGCCGCUGCCGAGUUCCCCGAGCAGGAGAAGUACCCCAAAGAGGCCCACACGGUGCUCUUGUCCUGCCUCAAGGUGGCAGAAGCGGAUCGGCCAGCUUUCCUGGAUCUUGCGGAGGAGUUCGAGAAAGUGAUCCGCCUCCAGGCCGACCGAGCAGCCGCCCCGGCGGCCCCGGCGCAGCCCACCUCGGCGCCGGCAUCGGCGAAGGCAUCGCAGGUGCUGGAGCCGCUUUUGGCGGAGACCUCGGAGCCGGAGCCGCCAAGAGAGGCCUCCUUGCCGCAGUGGUCGCAGAUGUCCGAAGCCCAGGCCGAGAGGUCGCCCUCGCCUUCCUCCCGGACGCCCUCCACGCAGGCGUCUCCCGCGAAGACCUUGCUGGGCCGGGAGACCGACGCCGGUGGGGCGCAGAAGUGGACUGGCAAGGGGGUGGUCCAGGAGGAGGUGAUCACCUUGAUCUCACAGCAGAAGGAGAUGUUGGAGCUCUUGCACGCGGAGCUUACUGAGCUCCGCCAGAGCAGGCGCAUCUCUCACUCGAAAACGCCCCUGCGCGAGAUGCUGAUCCCACUGACCGACGACGGCGCCCCCAUCAAGCCAGCCCACAUGGAGCUGAUGGCUGGGAGACCGGGGACCUGGACACUCCGUACGCUGGUGGGACCCGGCCUGAUGCGAAAGCAGGAGUUUGAGGACAAGGAGGAAGCGUGGCAGGCGUUCGUCUACUGCGCGGAUACUGUACAGCCCUGCCACCUUCUGGAUCCAUCUGGCAACACGCGCGCCUCCUCCGGCUGGGUCGGCGCCAACCAGGUGGCUCGCGCCCAAGCGGCGAUGAGCCCUCCACCUCGCUAUUCCUUGCCCAUGGGUGCCACGACGCCGCCCCCGCCGCUGGCUCCCGCGCCGCUGGGUUCCCUUGCGGGCCUUGGCCCGGCGCUGCAGGCGACGGCUCCGCUGGGAGCUCCGCUCGGAGGACUUCCCACGGAGCCCAGGGUCCGCUUCCUCUGCUGA